GGGACACAAUCUUGGCUGUGGACCAGGAGGGACAUUUUAUAGCUGCCACUGUCCUUCAGCAACUACACACACACACACAAAAAGAGAGAGAGAGAGAGAUAUCUGUUUACACAGAGGAGAUGGUGGAGGUGCAUGAUGUUAAACAGGAACAAUAAUGAACAGUGAAGCUUGGUGUGCUGAAGUGGGUGCGCAGCAGCAGGAGAUCAGCAGCAGGACAGGUUUACAUUCUUAUCAGUGUUGGAACAGAACCGUGAACGGCGUCCAAAGUCUUCAGAUAAAGCAAAGGAGAGACGGAUCGAGUUGAGGCUGUGUAUCCAGGUUCAGGUUGUUGAAUGGAGUCGACAUGGCAGAGAGUCGAGUCACUGCAUCAGUGGAUCCUGGAGAACGGAGAUAAGAGAACGGACCCAUGGCUGCUCGUUUACUCCCCCGUUCCCGUCGUCCUUAUUUUUCUCUUCUACCUCGGCAUCCUCUGGCUCGGACCCAGGCUCAUGAGAAACAGGGAUCCGGUGGACCUCAAACUUGUGCUUAUCGUUUAUAACUUUGCUAUGGUUUGUCUGUCGGUCUACAUGUUCCACGAGUUUUUAAUGACGUCGUGGCUGUCGAACUACAGCUACCUCUGUCAGCCUGUCGACUACAGCACCGGUCCUCUGGCUCUGAGGAUGGCCCGUGUGUGCUGGUGGUUCUUCUUCUCCAAGGUCAUCGAACUCAGUGACACCGUGUUUUUUAUCUUGCGUAAGAAGAACAGUCAGCUGACCUUCCUGCACGUGUACCAUCACGGCACCAUGAUCUUCAACUGGUGGGCCGGAGUCAAGUUCGUCGCCGGGGGACAGUCGUUCUUCAUCGGUCUCCUCAACACGUUCGUACACAUCAUCAUGUAUUCGUACUACGGCCUGGCGGCUUUUGGUCCGCACAUGCAGAGAUAUCUGUGGUGGAAACGCUACCUCACCUCCCUGCAGCUGCUGCAGUUCGUUCUGCUCACCACACACACCGGCUACAACCUGUUCACCGAGUGCGACUUCCCCGACUCCAUGAACGCGGUCGUGUUCGCCUACUGCAUCAGCCUCAUCCUGCUCUUCAGCAACUUCUACUACCAGAGCUACGUGAACAGGAAGAGCAAACGCUCCUGACGCAGACUAGCGGAAGCGAGUAGAGGUGGAAUCCAGACCAACAGACCAAAGAGUGCCUUUGUUAGAACAUUCCUGGGUUUAAAAAAUAAUUAAAUGAAUAAUGCUUCUUUUCCAGCCCUAAUAAAGUUGGAAAUGAAAGGAA